AUGAUUACUAUUACCUCUUCUCUCUUUUACCGAGCUCACAAAGACUUCAGGAAGUUGUCGCACAGAAUAGUGGGCCAUUCUCUUGACCCCAAAAUUGACGUUGCUGUAGUGACAGGUGGUGCUUCUGGUCUAGGGAGGGAAGUGGUAGCCCUCUUAGCUGCCCGCGGAGUCAGAGUGGCGGUGUUGGAUGUCAAGAUUCCCUCUCAAGACCAAUGUGUCCAAGGUACAAAGUACUAUCAGUGCGACGUGAGUAAUCCGGAUCAAAUCACAUCCACAAAGGAAAAGAUCAAUAGCGACUUGGGAGUCGUCUCUGUGUUGAUAAAUAACGCAGGCGUAGCAAAUGGCAAGCCCCUCUUGGACUUAGAUUAUGAGGAAAUUGAUAAGACCAUUCAAGUCAAUCUUCUUCUGAGUUUCUAUACUACUAAAGUGUUUUUGCCAGCAAUGAUGGAACUGAACCGCGGUUAUAUCAUCACAAUUGGUUCAGUCUUAGGGUACAUGUCUCCAGCAAGGUUGAGUGCAUAUGGAGCAUCCAAGUCUGGGUUGGUUGCCUUACACGAGUCUCUCACGUAUGAAUUGGGUCCCCCGCUGUUGAAUCCUCAUGGGAUCAAAACCCUUCUAGUUUGUCCUGGCCAGAUGAGAACCGAUCUUUUCCGUGGCGUUCUGACACCUUCAUCGAUUUUGGCACCUGAGUUGGAUCCAAAGUAUGUGGCUGCAAAAGUUGUGAAGGCUUUAGAGUUGGGGAGACGAGGAGAAAUCAGAUUGCCAUUCUAUGGAAACUUUCUUCCCGUGUUCAGAGCAGUCCCGUGGCCAGUAACUGAGGCCGCUCGUUAUUUUUCAGGCAUUGAUAGCAGCAUGAGAACCUUUAAAGAAUCCAUUUCCAGAAUCAUCAGCAGAGAGCCUUCUGCAGUUAACACUCCGACCAUCAAGUAA